ACUUAAUUACACUUCCUCCUUAUUUCCAGUACCGGUAUGUUUAUUCUGACCAGUUAGUUGGGCAACUGUAUGACUACGACUCUGGCAGCUCCAUCUGUUGCGUAACCAUUUGUUUGCAUGCGACAACAAAAAACAUGUGAGGUGUACUUUCCAUAACCACACCCUCCUAAACAAACUGAUAAGGUAGGUGUGCAGUAUCCUGCCUGGUUGGUCUUCACACUUACAAGCUGCUGUGUUCAACCUCAUGGAACAAACAGUGAACAUAGUUUCAAGGCAACAGUGGGGAGCUGUGGCCCCGAAGCAGAAGGAGAGCCUGGAAGGUCCAGCCCAGAGAGUUGUGAUACACCACACUGCCCUCCGGAGCUGCAAGGACCUGACAGAGUGUACAGAUGAGCUUCUGAGAAUCCAGAGGCUUCAUAUGAAGGAAAGACACUUUGACGACAUUGGGUAUAAUUUUCUUGUUGGAGGAGAUGGGAGUCUAUUUGAGGGCCGAGGUUGGGGUGUGAUGGGAGCACAUACCAAAGGUCACAACGGUGACUCCCUGGGCAUUGCUUUCAUGGGCAAUUUCAACAAUGACACUCCAAGCAAAGAGGCAAUAUUGUCAGUCAAACAGCUGCUAAUGUCUGGAGUUUUACAAGGCUUCAUCCGACCAGAGUUUGCCCUGUACGGCCACAGGGAUUUAGGAGCGACACAAUGCCCUGGAGAAAAUCUUUAUGCUGCACUAUCACAGCUGAGAAGCUCAACUUAAAAUAAACUCCUGAGGGAAAGAGGAACACUAAGCUAUGAAUUUCUUUUGACCCUUAACCAUGGUCAUGAAGGUAUAACUCAUAUUUUUUUUUAUCUCCUGCUGCCAAAAUGUCUAGACUGUUUCAUGCCAAUGACAAGUAAUGUAGCGUGCCGUGGCAGCCAUGAGACUGUCAUACAACAACAGUCUUUAGUCAGAGGGCUCUUCAGAGCUGCUGCGAGACUGACUGCCACCUAUCAACUUUGAGGAAAAACAUUCUCUUGCUGUUUAAGAUCUUAGUUCUGCUAACAAGUGCUGUGAUGAAGAGACUAUUUGUGUUAUUGACUUUCCUGUCAGUAGUGUAAUGUAAUGCCCAAACGGUGAACCAUACCUCAGCCUGUAAGGUUUGUGCUUCUCCACCAGAGGGAGCAAUGAUAAAGGAUGAGACUUAAAAAGAGAUCUCGUCUGCAACAUUGAAACCUCAGUGUUUUCUCUUGUACUAUUUUAACUUGACCAAUUACUUGUGUCCAGCUACAAUAUAACUAUAACAUUCAAUUUAAUUAUUGAUUCUAACAUAAUGGA